GUGAAAUGACAGCAAGCCAUUAUUUCAUUCAAUAAUGAUAAUUAUUACUCCCUCUCAGUUAAUAUGUCCUUCACUGUAAGUGUUUCACUUUCUAUCGAGAUGGAAUUUUCACUGCAUAUAAUGGCUCUAUUUUAUUGUGGUGUAUGGAAUGAAAAUAUUAAAUAUCCUUUACUAUAUAUUGUUUAUAAAAUUAUAGUAUUAUCAAUAGUUUGUCUUUUUUCAAUUUCAUUAUUUACGGAAUGUAUAAGAAAUUAUGGUUCAAAUGAUGAUAAUUCAAUUCAAGGAUUAUUUAUUGCGGUGCCAUUUUUUGCUGCCGUUUUAAAAUUAAUAAUAUUCUAUUUAUUUCCAAAGAAAGUAAAAAAAUUAAUAAAAUUGUUUAAAGCAAAAAUUUGUCAACCAAAUUCUGAUGAAGAAUGGAUAAUAUGGAAUGCAUAUAAAAAAAGUGUUGAUUCAAUGUUUUGGAUAAUUUUUAUUUUCACAUUAUUAAGUGGAUCGGCAUUAUUAAUAUUGCCAUUAAUAGAUGGUGAAUUAAGAAAUUUUAUUUUACCAUUUAAAACUUAUCAACCUUUUGAAAUUAUAAAUUUUAAAUUAUAUAUUUUAACAUAUUUGUGGCAAAUAUUGGCAUCAUUUUAUGGAAUUUUAUUUAAUGUCACUUCAGACACAUUUGCUUAUGGAACAAUAACAUUGCUGUGUGGUCAAUAUGAUAUUUAUUGUUUAAGACUAUCAAAAAUUGGCAAUGAAACUAAAUGUUAUUCUAUUAAAUAUUAUGUCGAUCAUUAUUCUAUUAUUCAAAAAUUUAUUUGGUAUGCGCAAGAUUUUUUUAUGAUGGGAAUAACACCUCUAUUUUGUUUUAGUCUUAUAACUCUAGCUGCAACUAUUUUAAAUGUCGUUCAGGUAAAUUUAUUUAGCGCCAAAUUUGUUACGAUGCUUAUUUUCUUGCUGUGCAUGUUAACACAAAUUUUUCUCUAUUGCUGGUUUGGAAAUUUUUUAAUUGAUAAGAGUCAAGAAGUGACGAAUAUAAUUUACAAUUGUAAUUGGAUUGAUUUGACAAAUGUUGAAAAAAAAAGUUUAAAGUUUUUAAUGCAAUUUAGUGGAAAAGGAAACGUAUUUUCAUACCAUGGACAAUGCAUUUUAAAUCUAAACACUUUCGUAUGGAUUGUGAAAGCUUCGUAUACUGCACUCAAUGUCUUGAAGCGAAGUGCUAAUUGAUAAAUCAAUUGUAUUUUUUUUUACUUUGCUGACGUGGAAAUACAAAAUUUUGAAAAAUGUGAAGUUGUUUACAAAAUAUGGUAUUUUUUUGAUAAAUUGUUCUUAUAU